UUUAUUAUAUACAUUAUUCUUCUAAUUCUUUGACAAAUUAGAACGCGUAGUGUUUUUUUUUUUCUACAUCUAUCUCGUGAAACAAUUAAAAAAAUUAAAGAUUUUCUCUCUUAAUUAUUCUUCUUUAUUUUAGUGAUUCAUUAUCCAUUUGAAAAUCAGCAACAUACGAAGGCACAAUUUAUAUGGUUGGGACAACUUAUCAUUUUUACAUCACAGUCUAUUGGCACAAAAUAAUAGCAAAUUUCACUGUUUUCUUCGCCAUUGUAACUUUAGAGACCUUUGUCUUUGUUCGAAAUAAAAGCGAGUUACAUGAGGGGAUAUAUGAGAGAAAAAUAAAGGGAACUGACCUGUACCACGAACAUAUUUAAGUCCAACUAUAAUAAACUUUUUUCUAUCUUUUAUUUCCAUAGAGAUAUCAACAGUUUUUGCCAAGACUAAGCUUUUCUUUUUUUAAUGGACAUGGAUGUACACAAAACUGUCCCAAAGCGAUUAUCUGUUAUUGUGAACCAUCAAAGUGUUCACUAAUUCAAAAGCGAAGCGGGUGUACUCGCUUAUUUUUUGCCUAAUCGGUACAAGUUAUAAGCUUACAUUAUCCAAUGCGAUGAGAACGUUCGAGUAAUUACGAUUAAUUCGUAUUUAGAGGGGCUCGUGUCUUACGAUUUUUCCUCUACGAUUAUUUAGUACUUUAGCUAUCAUGUGGAGCAUAUUGAACGAUCUCCACGUGUCUUCCGCGCAUUGACCCCGUAGUCGUUUUCAAACAAUCGGUGGUCGACAAAGAACGAUGAAGCGUGCGUAUACCAUUAGCCGUUCGAUUGAGAUCGGUCUCCGUUUUAUCGGCAUGUGGCCGGACUCGGCUUAUCCAAAUCUCUAUUGGUUUAGCUACGUAACAACAGUAGCAAUAGUGCAAUAUUAUCAAUACACGUAUAUAUUUGUGCACUUCGACUCGAACAAUCUUUGGCUCCUCAUGGACUGCCUUAGUCUUAGCCUGGCGUACAGCCUCGCUUUUCUCAAGCUCCUUGUCCUGUGGUGGAAUCGUCGGAUAUUUCAUUACAUUGUGAAGAUGAUAGAUCAAGACUGGAAUGAAUACAUAAUUAAUGACUUGCAUAGAUCUAUAAUGACAAGCAUGGCGGGUCUGUCGCGUCGUUUUGCUAAUAUAACGUUUAGUUUUUAUGCCUUUUCUGCUUUCUUUCUGACAAUUGGCGAGCAUUUAAUUCAAUCGAUGGACGAUGGUAAUCAGUUCAGCAAUAACUCUCGAGAACUUCCCAUAAAAAUGGAAUUCCCUUUCGAUGUUAGCAAAUCACCGAUUUUCGAGUGUCUUUUAAUUGGACAAUUUCUUUACGAUAUGGUGAUAGCUUUCGUGGUCGGUUUGAUAAAUGCAUUACUUGUUGCAUCGAUACUUCAUGUGACCGGUCAGAUUGAAAUUAUGCAGCAAGACUUGAUCGAAAUUUCAAACGGAAAAUACGAUCGCGCAACAUUUAUACUUGUUAUCAAAAGUCUCAUUUGCAAGCAUCAAAAGAUUAUUACCUUAUCGGAAAAUAUCGAGACUCUGUUUACUCACAUUGCGCUUAUGCAAGUUUUGUGGAAUACGUUAGUGAUGUGUUGCACUGGUUUUGUGAUUGUAGUUAUCGUCAGUAAUGGCGAAGAUACAACAAAUCUGAUCAAAUCCGUGAGUUAUUACAUUGCAAUAAUUAUGGAGGUUUUCGUAUACUGCUUUGCAGGAGAAUUUUUAAGUGCCAAGAGUAAGUCAAUUGGCGACGCAGUAUACGAGUCACUUUGGUACAAUUUGCCUCCAAGCGACAGUCGCAUUAUAUUGUUUAUGAUGUUAAGAUGUCAAAAGCGAUUGACGAUCACUGCAGGAAGAGUCUUCGAUUUGACUUUAGAAGGAUUUACAAGCAUUAUGAAGGCUUCUGUCUCCUAUGUUUCAGUAUUAAAUGCGAUGUACUAAAAACAAGAAAAUGGUAGAUAAUUAGAAUUUCUUAGCCAAAUAGUUUCAUCGAUUGUUAGUCGUCAGUAUUCUUGAAUGAAAAGAGUUUUAUUUUAAUACAAAUUAUGAAUUACAUAGUUAUUUUAGUACAAAUCAUUUAUAAUAAUUUUAUUGAAUAGUUAUACAAAGAAAAAUUAGUACCAAAUCAACAAUUCAUUGUUUCAUAUAUAAGCA